AUGAACGCGACCAAGCGCAAGUUCAACUCCCUGAUCCAGGGCAUGGGCAGGUCUUCAAAAGCGAGCGACGAAUCGCCCAGCUUGCCGACCGAGUCCCCCCGACCAUCGAUGACGUCUCUGCCGACCUCGAACGCGAGCACCGCAAACACGGAAAACAAGACGCCCAUGUCGAUCGAAGAGGAUAUCCUGCUGAAGCGCCGGCGCCUGCAGGCCCUGACGGAGAGGCGGCCCACGAUCAAGAACACGACGACCGGCGUCGCCGCGACAACGGUCUCGAACGUCGUGCUGAAGAAGUGGUCGCAGGACUCCAAAGAGCCAGUGGUGAAGGUCUUGUCGAAAUACGCCCCGAGCGACCGGAGCGAGCUCCUCAAGAGGCUGGCGAGCUUCCAGGAGAUCACCGAUUGGACGCCCAAGCCGGACAGAGUCAACGAGGUGGAGUGGGCGAAGAGGGGAUGGAUGUGCCAGGGCAAGGACCGGGUGCGGUGUACGCUCUGCAACAAGGAGCUCGUCGUGAAGCUCAACAAACGCGAGGUUGACGGCAAGGAGGUGCCGGUCCUGGUUUCGUCCGACGUUGAGGAAGCCUUGGUGGAGAAGUACUCGGACCUGAUUGUCACGGCACAUCUGGAGGAGUGCUUGUGGAGGAAACGUGGAUGCGAUGACUCACUUUUGCGGCUAUCCCUGACCAACGCCAAGUUAAGUAUGGAGGCCUUGCGGCAAAGAUACGAUGAGCUGUGCGGAAGAAAGUCCUUCUUGCCGUACGAGUUCAAUCUCAGACUCCCCGACGGCCUGGACAUCGAUAUCGUCCUUACUCAACUACCAGACGACUUCUUCACGGUGCCUCCACCUGCCAAAGACUCGCCAGACCCCAAGCAACCGAAUAGGGUCGCCCUCGCUCUCGCCUUGACUGGCUGGCAGGGCCUGAACAACCCACGCAUCGGCGCCGUACCGAAUUCUGCCUCUUGUCACACUUGUCUGAGGAGACUUGGCCUGUGGAUGUUCAAGAGCAAGGAGGUCAACGCGGACGGGGAAGUUCUCGUCCCGGCGCCGAUGGACCACCUAGACCCCGUCAGGGAACACCGCUUCUUCUGCCCUUGGAAGAACCCGAUGACGCAACGUCUCGGUGCCGCCAAACCUGGUUCCGAGUCGGACAUGGCGGCUUGGAAGUGCCUGGCGCAGGUGCUCAAGAACGACGCCUACCUACGCGGGGCUCUCGACGACCGCCCGAAGAACAGGGCGUGGCACAACAGAGGCGCUUCGGUGCCAUCGACCCCCGUUCGCAGAGGUGGCGCCGCGCCAUCGACGCCAGGCGGAUAUGAUUCUCCCAGCGCCGCCACGGAGCCAGCAGGCGAAGACGACGAGAAGGCCCGAGACGCCAAGGACAAGGAGCGCUGGGCUCGCCUGCGGAGGGUGAAGAGUCUCUUCGAGUCGAAGAACGCCAAGAAGCUCCGUCGGACGCUUAGCAGGCCCGGGACGGCGCGCUCGUCGGCCACGGUGGCGACGACGGAAACGGAGAAGGAUAAGGCGUGA